AUGUUGGAAGAAGAAGGCAAGACAGGAGAUGGCUUCUUCUUUGACCCUUCUAGCGCGAGCUACCGCCAAAACCCUUGUCGUACCCAGAUUCGCCCUCAAAAAGACAUGAUUCCGAGAUUCGAGUCGUUCGUCCUCGGGCCUGGAGAGAAAAAGGUCGAAAUCGAGGUUGAUACUCGCGUUCCCUCCACCGCCAUCUUUACGUUCAACAAGGAGGACCAUACUCUGGGCAACAUGAUCCGAGCCCGUCUCCUUCAGAGCCAGCAUGUCUUGUUCGCUGGAUACAAGAUCCCGCAUCCACUUGUGCACAAGGUGCUCCUCCGCGUCCAGACUGAUGGCCAAAUCACCCCCAAAGACGCCGUUCUCACUGCCUGCCACGAGCUGGUCAAGGAUCUCGGGACGUUCAGCCGUGAAUUCACCAAGGAGUACGAACUGCGCAAGAUGGUCGGCGCUGGCGCUCAGCAGCAUGACGCACCCAACGGAGUUUGA